CCUUGGACACUCUGCAGCAGCAGGAGCUCAGACCGGGAUGCUUGGCUGUACCAUGGGGAGAAGGGAAGAGCCCUGGCUUCAGUGAGAAGUCCUAAUCAAGUUUCUCCAGUCCCAGUGUGUCACCUACUCCUUGACAGUGGACAGUGGCCCCUUGCAGAAGUCCUGGAAAAAACCUUUUCACACAGCCCUCCUCAAUUUACUAAAGAAAGGCGAUGUCUGCAUUUGAUUUGAGGAACCAGAGCAUGCAGUGUACAGAGCCUGAGACAGACUAUAUCACCCCUCGGAUGAAACCAAGGGAUCAGAUGUUUGUCUUCACUGAUGGUAAAUGGGGGAAUGAGAUCUACUGCCAGCCACCCUUUCCUUCCCACCGGAAACUCUUUAGCAAGGAGACACAGAAUGAGUGGAGCAUCUGGGAGGAGAACAGAGCACUCUGGCAGGAAAACCAAGUCCUCUGCAUCAAAACCAGGAUGCUCUGGGAAGAAAACAAAGCUCUACAAGAGCUUUGUCAGUCACAGAAAAAAGCUGUCUGGUUUAUUUACACUGAUGCUAUUCAGCAAAGCCUCCAGAACGAAAACAAGUCAUUUCCAUUCUUCCAAGACUUUCAGUUCAGCCCAGGCAAAAAAGCUCUCCAAGCAGUCCAGGAAAAGAAUAAAGUCUUUGAGGAUUUCCAGCGGGAGAAUAAAGCAGUUUCUGUUACCUGGAAAGACCAAGAAGCCAUCACAGUCCAUAAAGAGAGCAAAGAUGCCCCCUCAGAUCUUCAGAAGAACACUGAUACCAUCAGAGCUGUGGAAAAAGGUAACAUUGGUCCAGUCCCCCAGCAGAAAAAUGAAGGUAAAAAGAAGAGCACUACUCCAACCCAGAAUAAGACCAAGUCUGCCACAACUACACCAGGUAAGCAUGAAAUUCUCUGGGUUGUCCCAGACCUAUGCGAGCUCCACCACAACUUCCUGAAAAUGAACCAUCUCCCUGGGGAGAAACAGGGCUGUCACAGUCUCUAUGACAUGGAUGGAUCCUUCCAAGAAGAUUACAAUAAAUUGAAGCUGCAGCUGAAUGCUGUGAAAAACACUGUGUCAGACAUUAUGGCUCAAAUGGAAAUGCUGGAAAAGGAGAUCAUUGCCAUCACUUCCCCAAUGUAUGAAGAAGCAGGACAGAAGCUGUCAACUAAGCAUCAGCUUGGGGACACAUGAAGCUUUGU